UGCGCCUGUGCAUGUACCAUUUGGUAGACACACCCCCCACGAUUUCGAUUUCUUGUAAGUGAAUCUGGAACGAUUCGGUACAAUACAAAUUUGUUAAUUGUAUUUAUCUCAACUUCUCUAAAAAAAAGUCAGUAAUCAGCUAAUUUCGGCUAAUUAUGUGCUGCUUCCGAAAGAACUUCACAGCAAACGCUGUCAGAAUCAAGAUUAAAAAUGAUUAAAUUAUAUCAAAAUUAUUUGUAAUCUUUUUCUGAUAAUAUUAGCCGAAUGCAAUAAUUUCAGGAUAAGAAGAAAGAUAGAAAGAUAUACAAGAUGAAGGAACGAUGACUACGUCAUGCUGCGCAAUCUUAUUGCAAAAUGGAUCAAUUUGAGAAGAAUGAGUCAAACAACGUAUAGAAAUACUCCACAUAAUCCAAGAAGAUAUUCGGAAAGACGUCGAAGAAGCGGCGAUGGCCGACAAAGAGACAUUUUCGAGGAGAGAGGGGCAGCUAGUGAAGACGAAUAUGUGCGAAAGGAAACCGCCAGGCAACUGAAAGAGCUUAAAAAGCAACUAGAGCAACGUAAAGCAGAGAAGAAGAAUAAAUUAGCAGAAAAGGAUAAAAUGGAAAAAGAAAAUAAUGAAAAGCAAGAUGCAGAUAAAAGUUCGAAUCCUAACAAAGAAUGAGGCAACAUCUAAACAAUUCAUUGCGCAAUAAGACAACAACUAUUAGUUUAUUAUAGAUAUACUAAAUUUCUCAUAUUAACUACUUAAAGUAAUAUUAUUAUAAAUAGUAAUAAAAUAUUACUUUAAGUAGUUAAUCACUUAUAAAUCACUUAUAAAUAUUUAAAAAAUCACUUACAAAUAAUAAAGUAGU